CUCUCCGCCCGCGUCGCCGCUCCCGCCCGGGUUAUGGCGGGGCCGCAGGCGGACCCCGAGCUGGCCAAGCGCCUCUUCUUCGAGGGCGCCGCCGUCGUCGUCCUGGGCGUACCCGAGGGCACCGAGUUCGGCAUCGACUACAACAGCUGGACCGUGGGCCCCCGCUUCCGCGGCGUCAAGAUGGUCCCGCCGGGCGUGCACUUCGUGCACUGCAGCGCGGCCCGGACCGCCGGCGGCACGGAGACGGGGCCGCGCGCGGGGCUCUUCCUCUGCCUGCGGCCGCGCCAGGUGCGCGCGCUGCGCUGGGAGCCCGGCAGCGAGGAGCUGCGGGAGGCGGCCCCGGGAGAGGAAGAGGCGCUCGGGCGGGACCUGCGGGAGAUGGACGCGUUCCUCGGGCCGUACCCCUACGAGACUUUGAAGAAGUGGAUCUCCCUCAGCAGCUUCGUCGGCGAAGCGGCGGUGGAGCGGCUGCAGCCAGAGAGCGGGCAGAUCUCUGCCUUCUCGGAGGUGCUGCCGGUGCGGGCGGGGCGCCACGGCCGGGACCGCGCGGGGCAGAAGCUGCCCCCGUACGACGCGGGCUGCGGGAGUUACGCCGAGGGCGUGGCGCGGCUGCCCGAGAUGCGGCCGAGAGCGGGCACCGAGAUCCGCUUCACCGAGCUGCCGCGGCAGACGUACCCCGACGGCGCCAGCCCGGAGGAGAUCACCAGGCACAGCAUGGACCUCAGCUACGCGCUGGAAAAGGUGAUCGCGCGGCGCUACGCCGGCCGGCCGCAGGACCUGCUCGCUGAGUUGCAGUUUGCUUUUAUCUGCUUCCUGAUUGGGAAUGUAUAUGAUGCAUUUGAGCACUGGAAAAGACUGCUAAACAUCCUGUGCCGUUCUGAAGAUGCCAUUGCAAAGUAUCAAGACCUUUAUGCCAAUCUCAUCUUCGUCCUGUAUCACCAGCUGAAUGAAAUCCCGUCUGAUUUCUUUGUGGACAUCGUCUCCCAGGACAACUUUCUGACCAGCACCUUGCAGUCAUGGAUGAACUGGAGAAGGAGGACUGUCAGAAGGCAGCUUAAUUUCCUACAGUCUGCUUUGAAGCACACAACGUUUUUAAUACUCCCAAUUAAGUCACACAGAGGAAGCUAUCACAGGGUAUUACAGAAAAUUGAGGAGUUCCACUCCCCACACAAAACUCAAGCACCUGAGAGGUGACUCUGAAUGAAGUGCAGAAAUCAACAGAGCACAGAAGAGUUUGUGAUUCUUAUAAAUCUAAAGAGGCAGUAUUUGCAGGAGAAUGGAUCCCUGAUAGGAGAUGAGAUCUCUUAGUAAUUCAGAUACAGCAGAAAGAGCUCAGAAAGUCACCAGAAAAAAAAAAAAAAAAGAAAAAAAGAAAAAAAAAAACAGAAUUAACUGCAAACCAACUAGAAUUUGCUCACCAAAGACGUCCAAGCCUGCUUCUGGAGCAUGAAUUGUCCUGGCACUGUUGACCCGACAGAGGACAUGAUCAUUACAGGGUUGAACACAAUGAUCUCUGGAGGUCCCUUCCGAUCCCUACAAAUCUGUGAUCCUGAUGACCUCCAUCUGCACAGAGUUGCCUCGGAUGGGAUGAGAAGAAGCUGCUUCAGCAUUCAGGGAAAGCAGGAGUGCUCCAGAGGGGCAGUGCACACCAUGCAGCAGCCUGGCACCCAUCGCAGCACCAGAUCAAGUGAUGGCAAAUAAUGUUAUGCAUUUUGAUACGCUGGCUGAACGCAGUCCAAUGGACAGCAAAAAAUAUGCACCUUGCUUUCCAUUGUGAUCAUGGAAUGUGAGGAUAGGUUUCAAGAUUGCAGAGAAAUAAUAAAUUCUUCAGUAUAUUUGCGACUUGAUUUUCAGUCAAAGUAAGUACAUGACCUGAAAAUUGUCAAAUGAAAUACACAGAGUUGCAAUCAGGCAUUCAACUCAAACCUUCGAUCACCUCUCUCUCCUGUACUUUCAUAAGCCCUAUCUUAGCAGAGAGAAAUAUCCCUCGCUUCACAGCCAUGCCUUAUUCAUGUCGUUGCUUUUUGGCAGUACGUGCAUUUGUGAAUAACUAUUCUCAAAGAUGAAGCACGGGGAAAAUAAAAUUCCAUCAGAAAUCACUGACGAAUACCUGAGAACUCCCCCAGAACUGCAGCCAUCACCAUGGAACUGGGCUGAUGUGUAAGUUUCACAAAAACCAGGUCACAUACCUCACUGGUUUUGUGGCUUUGUUGCUUUCCUUUUUAUGUUCUAAUAAAAAAAAAUAUUAAAAAUUAAA